AUGACACCGCAUAGUGCCUCGCAGCGCUACCUGAGCACCAGAGGCGGCUCUUACGACCUCUCCUUCGAAGACGUAGUCCUUAAAGGCCUUGCAUCCGACGGCGGCUUGUUCAUACCCGAAGAGAUUCCAUCGCUCCCUUCAGACUGGCGAACCAAAUGGCGGGCUUAUACCUUCGAAGAGCUGGCAUUCGAGGUCUUCAGCUUGUAUAUCAGCCCGGAAGAGAUACCGUCGGACGACCUGAAGAACAUUAUUCAGAAAAGCUACUCCACGUUCCGAGCGAAGAACAUCACCCCUCUGGUCACGCUCGAUGAAGCCAAACAUCUCCAUCUGCUUGAGCUCUUCCACGGCCCAACAUUCGCAUUCAAGGACGUCGCGCUGCAAUUUCUCGGCAACCUGUUCGAGUACUUCCUCGUACGGAGAAAUCAUGGCAGGGAAGGCACGCAUCGAGAGCACCUGACCGUCAUCGGCGCGACGAGCGGAGACACAGGGUCUGCUGCCAUCUACGGUCUCAGAGGGAAGAAGGACGUCAGUGUCUUCAUUAUGCAUCCCAAGGGCAAGGUCAGCCCGAUUCAGGAAGCGCAGAUGACGACGGUGCUGGAUGCGAAUGUGCAUAAUCUCGCUGUAGAGGGCACUUUUGAUGACUGUCAAGACAUCGUAAAAGCCCUUUUCGCUGAUCCAGAAAUCAAUCGCACCCACCGUCUUGCCGCGGUGAACAGUAUCAACUGGGCGCGCAUUCUCGCGCAAAUAACGUACUACUUCCACUCGUACUUCUCACUCUGCCGUCAAGCGCAGGAUCAGAGUCCGAAAGUCCGGUUCGUGGUCCCGACUGGCAACUUCGGCGACAUCCUGGCCGGCUACUUUGCCACACGCAUGGGUCUGCCGACCGACAAGCUCGUUGUAGCCACUAACGAGAACGACAUCUUGCACCGUUUCUGGAAGACUGGCUACUACGAGAAAAAGCCUGUGCACGGAGUCGAGGCUGAAGGUGGCUUUGAGGAGGACGGCGCGAAAGCGCAUCCCAGUGGUGUCAAGGAGACGUUGGCGCCCGCGAUGGACAUCCUCGUGUCGUCGAACUUUGAGCGGCUACUCUGGUUUCUGGCAUACCGGACAAGUACGAUCGAGGAGACGAACCGUCGCCGCAUGGAGGCUGGCGAAAAGGUUAAGGGCUGGCUGAAUCAGCUCAAGACUGAAGGCGGGUUUGGCGUCAGUAAAGACAUCCUGGCCGCAGCGCAAGAGACCUUCAGCAGCGAACGUGUAAGCGACAAGCAGACGCUCCAAACCAUUGCGGACACCUACGCGCAAACCCUGCCAUCUGCGACGCAGUCUAAUGGCCACGCAAACGGCACCGCACCAGCAACGACCGGCACGGAGCACAACGGUCAUUACAUCCUCGACCCACACUCCGCUAUCGGCAUCGCCGCUUCUCUUCGCUCCAUUAGCAGCACUUCUUCCGUCCACCACAUUAGCCUAGCCACUGCACACCCAGCCAAAUUCUCGCACGCCGUAGAACUAGCGCUUAAGGACGUCUCCGGCUUCUCUUUCGAGACGGUGCUGCCGGAGCAGUUCGUGGGGUUGGAGGAGAAGGAGAAGAGGGUCACGUUUUGUCCGGCGCAGUGGGAGAAGGUGAGGGAGAUUGUGGUUAAGGAGGUUGAGCAAGAGUUGCAUGGGCAGCGUUAG